AUGAUGGAAUGCUUUUAUCUCUUCACCUCAUAUCUCGGAAUGAUGAAUAGUCGUGAAUAUUUCAACUUUAAUAUUAUCGCCGACGGAAAUUUAGCCCAACUUCAAUAUUUCGGACACGCGAACCCCUGGUCCUUCCGAAAUAUGGCAACAGAGACCAACUUCAAAACCAUAUCCUACGAAGAAAUCCCUGUUCUAGAUCCCGGGGUUUCGUGGGGAAAAUACUGCACCGAGACGAGUGAGGAGCUUUCCGCCGCGUAUGAAUUAUUUUCGAAGGAAGUCAAGCGGCAAAGAGAAGAACAGAAAGACCUGAACUCUAACAUGUUUGAAACAUACCCAGAUUGUAUUGAUGAGUUAAAGCAUGCGAUGAAGGAUAAGAAUCGCAUUAGUUUGACCCAAGUCCGGGCUGGAAAAUGGGCGUCUUAA